AGAUAUCUUGCUACAUUAUGGGUCAAAAGAGAGCACGCGAUACCAAAGCCCCCCGCGGCUCAGGCAAAUAAGCGCAAGAAGGCCGUCAAAGCUGACAGCGCCAGUGACGAUGAGCGCUCCGUCGGAGUCGAGGACCUUAACUGGAAAGAGGUCGCGAUGCCAGACCGGAUGGAGGAUGCCGAGGGAUUCUUUGGACUCGAAGAAAUUGAUGGCGUUGAUAUCAUCAAGAGCGGCGGAGAGGUUCAAUUCAAGGCCAAGACUGGGAAACCAAGAAAAUCGAUUGUGAAGCCUCCUUCUGAAGACGAUGACGGCGAGGAGUGGGGUGGCUUCAGCGACGAAGACUCAACCGAGAAGUCUCCCUCUUCUGAGAAGGCCUCCGCCGAAAAGACUGCACCUGCGCCGGAAGCGAACCAAGCCAAGGAGGACAAGAAAUCAAAGAAGGAAAAGGCCAAGGAUCAAAAGAAGGCGAAGAAAGAAGACUCGAAGCCCAAGGACCAAAAACCCAAGGACCAAAAGCCUAAAGACCCCAAAUCUACCCAGGAUCGAAACAUCAAGAGCGGACUCUCAUUCGCGGCUCUCGAGGAGGCUGAAGAUGAUGAUGGGGUUGAUGUUUCAGCUUGGGAUAGCCUCAACCUGUCCUCUGAAAUUUACACUGCUCUUUCCAAAAUGAAAUUCAGCUCCCCGUCAGCCAUUCAGAAAGCCGCUAUCCCAGCCAUUCUCGAUGGCCAUGAUGUCGUCGGUAAGGCUUCUACAGGAUCCGGUAAAACGCUGGCGUUCGGUAUUCCCAUCAUCGAGCACUACCUGGACAUGAGGGGAAAGCAGGAAGAAGAUAAACAGGAGAAGAACAAAACUCCCAUCGCAUUGUUACUAUCUCCCACACGUGAACUGGCACACCAACUGGCCAAGCACAUUGGGGAACUUAUUGCCAACUCACCCGAUACGAACGCCCGCAUUGCUCUUCUGACUGGUGGUCUUUCGAUUCAAAAGCAACAAAGACAGCUUGCCACUGCUGACAUUGUCAUUGGAACACCUGGUCGUGUGUGGGAAAUCCUCAGUACAGGAACAGGAUUGAUCCGCAAAAUGCAGAAGAUUCGGUUCUUGGUGGUCGACGAGGCCGACAGGCUUCUGAGCCAGGGCAAUUUCAAGGAAGUGGAAGAUAUCCUCGGCGCACUUGACAAGGAGCAAGCCGGUGAUAUCGAGGAGAUGGAUGAAGAGAAAGAGGAAGAGCCCAACCAAAGGCAGACUCUUGUCUUCUCCGCCACAUUCCACAAGGACCUUCAACAAAAGCUUGCAGGCAAGAGUCGCUGGACUGGCAAUGACAUGUUGGACAACAAGGAAUCCAUGGAGUAUCUUUUGAAGAAGCUGAACUUCCGCGAAGAGAAGCCUAGGUUCAUUGAUGUGAACCCUGAGUCUCAGAUGGCCUCCGGCCUAAAGGAAGGGAUUGUGGAGUGCCCAGCUAUGGAAAAGGACCUUUACCUCUAUUCUGUCCUUCUCUACUACCCCAAGCACCGGACAAUUGUGUUCACGAACUCCAUCUCCGCUGUCCGUCGUAUCACUCAGCUCUUGCAAGCACUUCAGCUCCCAGUGUUCGCUCUCCACUCUAACAUGGCCCAAAAGGCCCGACUACGCUCCAUCGAGCGGUUCUCCUCACCUACCGCCGACCCAAGCUCAAUUCUCGUUGCCACUGACGUUGCUGCUCGUGGUUUGGAUAUCAAGGGUAUCAACUGUGUAAUUCACUACCACGUUCCGCGUGCAGCAGAUGCAUACGUUCACCGAUCUGGUCGUACUGCUCGUGCCGGUGAGUCCGGCAAGAGUAUUCUGAUCUGUGCUCCUGAGGAAGUUGUCGGUGUUGCCCGCCUCGCUGCAAAGAUUCACGCCAAGAGGACUAAGGGUGAAGCCGAUGAUGCACCCAGCAAGAAGCUUCCUCUCGAGUCUCUCGAUAUUGAUCGUCGGGUUGUGGCUCGUCUCCGCCCCCGCAUGACCCUCGCCAAGCGUAUCACCGACUCCACCCUUGCUAAGGAGAAGGUGAACACCGAGGACAACUGGCUUCGUGCCGCGGCUGAUGAUCUUGGUGUUGAGUAUGAUAGCGAUGAAUUCGACCAGUCCAAGGGCAAGGGCCGUGGUCGUGGUGGUGGUCGCGAGCGUCGUGACAAGCAAGCCAGCGAGAUGACCAAGUCCGAAAUGGCCGGCCUGCGUGCGGAGUUGAAGCAACAGCUCUCUCAGCGCAUCAACAUUGGUGUCAGUGAGAAAUAUCUCACCGCCGGUCGCAUUGACAUUGAUGCUCUCCUUCGUGGAGAGGGCAACAAGGCCUUCCUCGGCCACCUUGAUCCUCUAACUUUCUAA